AUGGCAGAGGGCCAAAAGCGUGAAGUGGAUUACGGUUUCAAGUUUAGAGAGGAUGAAGAACUGGAGUUUUUCACAGAACUUGCCGUACAUGAGUGUGAGAGAUGGAUUCAGGCGGUCACCAAGAAGAGUCUGCCUUACCUGGAUGAUACCAGAAAGUCCCUGGAGAAUGGAGUCCUCCUCUGCGAACUGCUCAACUGUCUCCAGCCAGGGUCAAUCUCCCGAAUCAACAGACUGCCAACUCCAAUAGCUGGCCUUGACAAUAUCAAUGUGUUUCUACGAGCAUGUAAGACCAAAUUUGGCCUCAGUGAUGUUCACCUUUUCAAUCCUUCAGACCUAGAAGAUCUGUCCCAGAGGGCCAUAGCAGAAUCUGCCUACCUGAAACAAGAGUAUGAGAGACGACUGAGAAAUGUUGCAGUCACAAUUUAUUGGCUGGGCAAGUUUGUAAAUCGUUACUACCAAGGGCCACAACUUGACCUCAGUGCCUUCUCUGCCCUAAUUCAUCACCGCCAAGAACCCGAGAGUGUAGAGCGAGAGUUCCACCCUGAGAGCAGAUACAUCCCCAGGACUUCAUCCAGCAGCUCUUCAGAUUGGCCUCAGGGAUCUCGGCUGAGUGCUUAUGGCCAGCCAGGCACCAGAG